CCGUUGGUUGGAAAUUUCGUAUCAGUACAGCCAAAAAAAGGCCUAGGACUUGAGAAGCAUAAGUCCAGAAUGUCAUUCUCAACUAUGUGGAUUGCAAUAUUAGAAAUUCUAAACAAAUUAACUGUUUUUUGUAUCUCAAACGUUGUCAUGUGAAGGCCGCAGAGCUAAGUUAUCUCAUCGUAGCUGGCUGAAGCCCAACCCGAGAUCCAAGCACCCUUCAGCUCCUCAAGGUCCUCGUCAGUCAAGCUCUUGGUCCUCUUCAAAUCAUCCUCGCUUGGCAUCUGCACGUACCCUCCACCAACACCUGGCGUCAUUGCGUCAAUGGCCAAUCAUCGGCGAAACUUACAAAGCUUAUUCCUUCACCUCCUAUUAUUAUUAGUAACAUUGACCUUCCCUUUCUCACAAGCCGAUGUGGGAAUCGCCGCCCAGUACAACCCUCCAUAUUUACGUAAGCACCACUAUUGCUGCAAAAACGUACACUUUUUUGAUUCAAUUACAAGAUUGCUUGAUUGGGUUAUGCACAUAUGUAUAUAUUAUGCAGCAACAGCUUGUUUUGGAAGCGAAGAAUCGCAGUUUCCGACGAAUGAUUUAUUCGCGGCGGCCGGGGAGGGGAUAUGGGACAAUGGUGCGUCCUGUGGGCGGCAAUAUUUGGUGAGGUGCAUCAGUGCAUCAAAUCCCACAACUUGUUUUCCAGAACAGACUAUUCAAAUCCGGAUUGUCGAUCGGGCACAAAAUGUGUCGUCGGGGCCCGACCCCACAAUCGUCCUGUCCGAUGCUGCUUAUAGUGCAAUUGCUGAUCCUUCUGCGGAUACAAUUAACAUUGAAUUUCAACAGGUUUAAUGAAGUUGACAUCGUCUCUGGAAUUGGAAUUUAUUGGGAGGGCGAAGAACGUCGAUGGUUCAGUUGGGUAGCUAAUUAAUUGUUCGUGAUCGGAGGAUAUUUAUUUAUAUCAAGCUUUUGAUUGUUUUUCAAUUCUCAUAUCCUUCUAGUUCUUUUGGGAUUGGACUUCUUCUAGUGCAAGAAGUUUUUGAGUUUUUCGAGGAAGUUAAGGUUAAUGUUUCACUGGCAUCAAUUGAUCAAUUUCUUCUUUU